CCGGUCAGUACUCGGCCCAAUCCGGUCCGAUCAAUUAAGAAAAUCGGAUAAGAAGAAAAAGAGCGGUUAAAGUUGGAAAAGAAAAAACCCUCCCAAUGUCUCUCUUGUUCAAAGCCCUAAUUUUACAAUCCUCUGUUAAACCCCAAGUCUCGAGGCGAAUCCCAUGAGACGAUUUCUGCAGAGGUUUCCCAGUUUAGUGGCUCGAAAUUCCUUUCACUCACCCACAAUUCUACGCCAUUCGAGCGCCAAGCCUUGUGUUGUUCCUUCCCUCGGCCGAGUUACUUCCCGGUUCGUCUUCUUCUCUUCCGUGCCCGAGUCGGCGAAUGGUUCGAAAAGCGACGAUGUUCUUUCUAAAGAAGAGCUGAAGAAGAGAAUACAAAGCUUUUUGGAUGAUGGAGAUGAGGAUGCAUUGCCCGAUUUAUUCGAGGCAAUGAUGACUAGGAAGUUAUCGGGGAAGCACGACGAUAGUGAUGACGAAGUGAUGGAGGAGGUGCGCAAGUAUCCGGUUAACGAUGCUCAUAAGGUCGAUGGCACUGAUUCAGAUAUGGAGAGCGGUGACCUGAGAGAUGGUGAUUCGUCUGAUUCAGAUGUCGAGAGCGAUGGUCUAAGAGAUGGUGAUUCGUCUGAUUCCGAGAGUGAUGGCCUGAGAGAUGGCGACUCGUCUGAUUCCGGUGCCGAGCUUGAUGGCCUGAAAGAUGUUGACUUGUCUGAUCUGGAUAUCAAGAUCGAUGGCCUGAAAGAUGCUGACUUGUCUGAUCUCGGUAUCAAGAUUGAUCGCCUGAAAUCUGACCGUUCGUCUUAUUCUGACUCUGAAAGUGAUUAACUUGACUUAGCGUACAUCCCGGUAUCGAAGAUUUUGAAAGGAAGCAGCUGCGUAGUGAAAUGAAUUGUAACAGAACAGUUUUUGGUGCAAGUUGGCUGUAAGUUCUGACUUUUGAAUAGAACUAGCAAUUAGAAUGGUGUUUUGUACUUUCUGAGUUGGUAAUACCUUAUAUUAUACUGUACUAGUGUAAUGAGUUUCUAUAUAAUUUUGAAGGUGUUUAUAUUUGUUUAAUUGGCCAACAAGUUUAUUAUACCUUCACGGGUGUGUUAGCCGAAAGCUGACAUCUAUGUUG